CAUAGACAACACACAUACUGUAUGACCCUGAAGAAGGCUGCACCACCACUUUUUUGUUGUUCUUCCUCAGGAUAAUGGAUUCCAUGGUUUUCUAAGCAUUUUUGCAUUUCUUAAGUUCAUAGGAAGCUUAUGGCAAUAGUUUGUGUCAUAGGACAAAUAAGAUUUAUGGAGUUAUAGCAGAAUUGUUUAGUUGUCUUUCCCUUUAGACUAGUACCUGACUAAACACUCAUUAUCCAUUACUAGCUCUGUAAGUUUAAAGCAAUAAUUUUCAUGUCAUCAGUUAACAUAGCUUUGUCAAGAGACAAAUUAUUUGCCUUGUGUAAUCUUAUUUUGAAGUCUUGAAUAGAUAGAUUAGUACAUCAUUUAUUUUCUGUCCUUACUCCUUCUUUUCCUACCACAAUUAGCCCAUGACACAUGAAGGCUUACAGAGCUUUAUUUGCAGCUUUUAUUCUCCAGAGGGCUUGAGAUUACUUUUAUCAAUUUAGGAGUACUAUAAAAUCAUUGUCAUCAAUUUAUCUACACAGCAUUACUACAUGAAAUUGCAUCUUGGUAUUGAUUCUGCAGGAAAUCUGUCCAGUAGAAAUCAUUAAGCUAUGUAAUGGUAGCAGGAAAGACAUGUCAGCCACAAGAACCAAUGCUGGGAUGUAAUCCCUGAGGACCCUGCAUCUCAGAGUGCACCCAUCACAGUCAUGUAAAAUGGUGGGCCAUCUCCAGAAGACUCACUUGCUUAUCAUAGCCUUUCCUAGAUUGUAUCUGAUACAUUACUAUGUCUUUCUCUUUUGGAAUUGGGUCUUUUUCCUUUUUGAUAUCUUGUUUCAAGUUUAAACUAUGUGUGUCACUCUCCUAUGCCCUGUGUCCAACAAGAAUCUGAGGGGAGCGUUGAUAUGGGUUGGAUUCCACACAGGUUCUUGGGAAGAUUGAAUGGAUUAAAAAGCUGACAAUCUAUGCUUGUUAUUCCAAAAGAAAGAAAAGAGAUCUCCUCAAGUCCAGAGGUGACAUAUAUUGUUAUGAUCAUAUUGUGGGCACUAACACCAAGGUGCCUUGAUAUAAAAUCCUCUGAAAUAGGUGCUUGAUCUCAUAAUCAUGUAUGCGUUCCACUGAAUUUCAAUGACGGGUAAAAUGGGUACCAUAAAACUUUUCUUAUAUCAACGAAGUCUAGGAGUAAAAUAACAUCAUUUUAAAAGCUAGUACAAAACUGUAUACUAGAACACACCUUACUGGCCCUUUGACACAGUCUGAGUGGGUCUCGGCUAUUUAAUUUGUACUUACUCAUGCUCAUUGGACUAAUUGACGUUUCCAUCUGGAGCUUUAUCACAGCCAGUGGUUAUGAUGAUAGUGACUUGGGUCCAUCAGCCAUAUCCUCGCUUGUUCCUUUCAUCCAUCAAUAUUUCACACUAUUUGUAUGGACCAGUCCCUAUUCAUAGAGUCUGGCCUGAGCAUCAGUGAAUAGCAUUGUUUAAAGGCAAAAGUAAAAAGCAGAAGUUGUAAGCUGCUUGGAUCCUUGGUACUUUUGUGGUACUUAAGCAGUACAGAUUCAGUGUGCACACGUACUACAUAAAACCUGAUAUGAAGAGUUAACAUCCCUCUAGGGUCAUUUUGUGGUGACUGAUAAGCAUCUAGACUAUAACCUGCACAGUAAAAAUCACAGAAUACAUUUUCCUGUUUUAGCAAUGUUCACUGAACAACCACUUAGAGAAUUAUUCAUCUUAUAUAAUAUUUAAUCAUAAUGAAUACAUUUUGAAUAGAAAUUUUAAAUGAGGGGCCUCAUACUCAAAGAGGUUAUAUAAUGUAUUUAGAUUAUGUAGUUACUUAGGUAAAGAUCAUUUUCAUCUGGAUCUGAUUCCCGUUAGGCGUAUUCUGGUACUCAACUUUAUUUUCAUGCAAGGGAUGAAAUGGAAAGUCUUAGUAAAUUUAUAGCCUGCGAACCUCAGUAGGCUUCCCAUAUAGUCUCUUUUUCUACUUAUUCUUGAGUGAUAAUGAAUAUUUCCCCCUGUAUAUCCAUCAUUGAAGACAAUAGGCAGGUUCUAAUAGAACCCAGUCUGUUGAGUCUUGUAUAAUUGCUUUAGUGAGAAAAAAUUUGUUACACCAGAUCAAGCUAGCAGAACUUCUACAUCUCUUACACUUGCAAUCCUGAGCUAGUAAUCCUUCUGUUUCUAUUCAUUGUCUUGUAAGACAUUUUAAAUUUUCACAUGGCACUCCUUGCAAACAGCUGAACGGGGAUGACAAAAGUCACGUAUCUCAUGUGAUGAUAGUAACUCUUAGGCUGUUUAAUUAUCGUCUGUGAUCUGUAUCAUUAUGAUAGAUAGUUAUUUAUAUGUCUUGUUGAAAAAAUGAUUGCUAAAUAAUCCCUGGAAACUCUUUGGCAAGAUAUUUCAUUUUAAUAAUAAGAUUUUUUUCACCUGCAAUAGGAAAGCAGAUGUGAUAAUUAAAGGCAUCACUUGUGACACACCAUAGAUUGUCACAGAAUGUGUAAAAAUAUUUUAAUGAUUUUUCCAGGUAUUUAAAUAUAAAGAUACACUUUGUUAGAAUAUAUUGUCUUGAACCACAUGUGGAAUUUCUUACAUGACAAGUAACUUUAAACUAUGCUAAAAUAAUUGUAAUUACAUUGAGAUGCAAUAAAAACCUACAUGACUCCAUCUAGUGGACAUAGUUAUGGAUUAAACUAUUUAUUAAAUGUACUUAGAGAAAAUCACUUUUCUAAUGAAUAAGCAACAACAAACAUAAACAUAUUUUAAAAGUUACUAUUCUUGUGUUAAUUAAUGAUGCUAAAAUGGUGAAUAAAUAUAGAUGAACAAUUGGUACUAUAUUUGGAAUUUAUAAUCAAUUGACGAAAUAGAAUAUCACUAGAGUUCACACUGAGAUACAUUUACAUGAAAAGAGAUUUUCUUUUCUGUCCCUCUCCAUCUCACAGUUUUGGCUCCAUUGUGACCUCCGGAUAUUUCCCCUAUGUAUCUUUUGGUGAAGCAUAGCACAGAAUGGGCCAGAUGUAGUGCUAUGUUCCUAUAACUCAGGAGCUCUGAAAAUGCUAUUGAAUUUGUACCAGCCUAGAUUCCCUAGCAAAACAGUCUUUAAAACAAACUCACAAACCAACAAGCAAAGAAAAAAGCCUGGUGCUGCACUAAACAUAUUUGAAAAGAAGGGAGGAAAGUGAGGAAGAUUAAAAAUGUGCAUUCAGGCUUACCCACAAGAACGGACAAAGUAGAACACUCCUCAGGAACAAGAAUCAAUAUGAAAGCAAUUUCUAAUGUUUGCUUUUUGGAAGAUUAUGGUCCUUUCAACAUGCUUCAAAUGUAGGCUCUCUGACAAAAUGAGCAAAUAAUAUGUCAUUUAACUUAUGUGAAAUUUAAAAUAUGGUAAAAAUUAACCCAUGAAGCAAAAAUAUCAGGGUAGCAGUUGCUCUUGGGUGAACAGAGGGUUUCCUGGAGAAACGUAAGAGAGCAACUGACAAUAUUGGGUAUUGAACAUGACAUGGUUAGGGUUACCCUAGUGUAUUUAUUAAAAUGUAACCAAGUCACACUGAAGAUAUGGUUACUUCAUCACAAGCUAAGUUGCAUAAAUCCAAAUAAAAAUACCAUAGUAAAAAUGAUGAAAACUUUGGGACUUAGAAAAAGCAAAAGCAGUAGGGUGGACUUCAGUUGAUAUUCCUCCUCUAUCCUCUUAUAGUUAUGUGACCUGGAAAAAUGUUACACAUAACUUCACUUUCUACUUAAGUAGACAUUGAUAUGACAGUGUUUGCUUCUUCAUCUCCUCAGAAGCUAACUAUCUAUAGUGCUUAUCAUGUUUCUGGGUCAUAGUGUUUAGGGCAUGACUACUCUGUAAACGGAAACUAAUUGCCCUUCUUCAAACAAGUCCAGUGUGACUGAACAGACUUGGAAGGCAGGUAUAGAAGCCAAAGUGGUCUUACAGUCUUGAAAGUCCACCAUGGAGAAGAAUGUGUGAAAGCCAAAAUUCCACUCAUGGCUCCAGAUGAAGGAAAGAGGCAUUAGGCUCCCAAGGCUUCGUAUCUUUGGUGUGUUGGGUUAUAUCCUGCUGAGGAGAUAGUCAUGCACACUGGCAUUUACCUGUAACCUGAAAAUUACAGAGAGAUAGGGAGGAGCUGCAGAAGAAACACUCAUCAAAUGUCCACCAGUACACUUAAUGUCACCAUCAAUUUUCUAUGAUAUUUUUGAUGAAAGUGAUAUAAACUUUUUCUAGCUAAAAUAAAAAGCCAAUGUGGUAUUACCUCUUUAAAGCCAAAUGUGGAGUGUGGCUCUUUACAUAUGGUCUUUUGCACUCAGAUAAGCUGAAGUGUAAGAGGAAGAAAAUUACAAUGAGAAUAGUUGAUUGAUUUCUAAACUCUGAAUUUUGUCUCUCUUGUCUAGACAACUUAUGCAUAGAAUAAGCAACAGAAAGUGUAAUUUUAGACGUCUAAGGCUAAAGUUAAAUCUCUAAGGUGCUAGACUAAUGGCACAUAUACAGUAUAACAUGAGAUUAAUAUUGAUAACUUCUGAACUACUUUUAUUUUGAGGUAAACCUGUAGUGAUUAUAGGUGCAGUAGUAGACAGAGGUUAUCCAUGUUAAUUCAAUAUGUUCAUGAGUAAUACAUUAGCAAGGUUCACAGUUUAAUUUAGUUUAUUUUCCAGAAGCAGACGGUGUGACCUCAAAUUAGGAUAUAAGUCAUUUCCUGAUGCACAAAGUAUAAUAUGAAUAUUUUCAUGAAGAAUGCAAGUCAACUACUAAAAUUCUCAUUUCUUUUUUGGGUUGGCAAACAAAGUAUCAGACUUCAGCAUGGGGUCCUUCAUUCCCCAUUUAGACCCCACGUUUCCUUCCCUUUUAUCGUGUUUUCCAUUACAUUAUUUUUUUUCUGCUCCUCCUUAAUGCCUCUUCCCCCUACCUCAUUCUUGAUCCUCUCUCUGAAUAUUCUGUUUAACUCCAGACACUAAAUGCCCUCUCUCUAUUUAGAUGUCAGAAAAACAACAAUAGACUAGCACUUGAGAGAUUCCGCUCAGGCACUGCUUCUAUUUUAUGUUCAUGACAAGAUAACAGAACAAGAGAGGUGACUCUGAGUCUGUGUCCUGGGACCACAGAGCUGAAGACAGACACUGCAACUUCUCAUUACAAGUUGCAAUUAGCAGCAGAGUUCUCUCUAACCCAUUAGUGUUUAUGAAUCACCUAUUGAGCAUGUUCUAAUGCUAGAUAUUUUACAGAUAAUAUUAAUGGCACAAACAAUAAUUUAUUGUCACUCCAUUAAAAUCCCAGAGAAGAGCACCAAUGGGGAAUCCAUUAUCCCAAUUAAUUAAUUAUAUAACUGAACCUACUAUUAUAUGCAGAAUUUAUAGGAUAGAGUAAAUUGUAUGUCUCAGUAGUUUUUUUAAACUAGAGUCUAUACAGUAAAAAUUUCAGCUCUCAUUCUUAAUGAUUGUGGAUUGAGACUCAAAUGCUUUAUGAAUUUGACAUAUUAGUCUGAUUUCUUCCUAUCAUAACUGUUGGAGCAUAUUGUCUGCAGUCACUUUAAGGGACUUGCCUUUUUUUUUUCCUGUGUGUUUCUAACCAGUUUGUCCUUAGGGGUGUCUCUCGUAGUGCUUCAUCCAGCUGCCACGGUUGUACUGACCUUGUGGAUCACAGAGCCACAUUACUUCCUGCCACUCGUGCUGUGCUUUGAUAAGGCCGGAUCACAUUAACUGGAAUAGGCUAGUCUGAAACUCACUCUGUUGCUGGCCUUGAGCUUGUGUUCAUCCCCCUGCAUCAGCCACCUGACUGCUCUGAUUACAGGUGCUUAGUUCUCUUGAACUUCUCAAUCUGAUCAUUUGUCUUACUGAUGAGUUCUGAAGCAGGUUGUUAGGACUUUGUACAGCACAGGUCUCCCACAUCUUCAUUUUUGUCCCUUAGGCUCUACUCCACCGGUAUUAGAAUUUUCACCCUGUCCAUCUAUUUUGUUUGACUCUAAUUUUGUGUCUUUGUCUCUCUGGGUUGUAUAAUUUAUAAGUACAUUAAAUAUCUUACUCUGUAAAUAGUUCCGAUUCCACUGUUAGCUGAUAUGCUUUCAAAUUGUGGUUUUGGUAUUUACCUGAUGUUACUAUUCACCUGUUGAAGAUGAUCUAGACUGCUCUAGUUUAGAAUUAGUAUACUUAAAUCUCCUAUGAACAUCCAUGUACAAAGAUUCUGUAUGGAUGCUUUCUGUGGAACAGAUGUUCAGGCGUAUAAACUCUUGCUUUAAUGCUAGUCGCAACUUUAAUAUUAUAAGUGACUUCCAAGCUUUUCAGAGAAGUCAUUUGACUUUUAUAGGGAGUGAACCAUAUUCUCUCCUUCUUUGGUAGAUUUUGCUGCUGUGAAUAUUUUUCAUUUAAACUAUGAUGCCUGUUGGGCAGUGACCUCAACCAGCCUUUCUCUAAUGGGUCAUGUCUUGGAUCACUUUUCUGUGUUUAUUUGUUGUGUGGGUGACUCUUUGUAAUACAGAUACAAAGCCAAAUUUGUGAACCUUCACAUAGUUUCACGCAUUUUGCCCAACGUUUAUUUUCACUGUGGCUUUGAAAAGUCUUUAUGUACUCUAGAUAUUGGUAUUUUCUAAGACAUAUAUUUUUCAAAUAUUUAAUCUUAUUCUGUAGCUUUACUUUUUAUUCUCUGACAUCAGCUUCUGAAAAACACUUCUUAGUUUAUUGAGGUCAAAUGUGUCAGCUCUGUCUUGAGUGGAUUGUGGUUUUAAACUCAAGUUCUUAUUGGCCUAGCUGGAAGAUAAUGAAGGUGUGGUGAGUGGCAAAUCUCAUCAUGAUCUGUGCUCUUUGGACACAUUUCUCCACAUGCGUCACUUGCUCCUCUGUCUGUGUAUGACGCUUAAUGUGGUGACUCUCCUCUUCAGCCAUUCCUCACAUUCCCCAUAUCUCUCCUUCUCUAGAUCCUAUUCUACCACUGUACCGCUCCCUCUGUUUGAUAACGGUAUGUUUCCGGUGGAUAAAAAAGAUGGCACAUGCUUUUUGAGAAGAUUUCUGAAAUUUUCUUCUUCUAUGCUUACAUUUAAAUUAUAUUUAGAAAUACAAAUUAAAAUUAAUUUUCAUUUAGAACGUUGAAAGUAUACUAUAUCCCUAUUGCAACUGAGAUGCAUAAUGGCAUUUGAUUUGUUGAUCUUCUGUAAGUGACUAGGUUCCUCUCAUGCCUUCAUUGGGUUGUUCCAUCCAAGAGUUCACUCCUUUCACACUGGUGAGUUUUAUGGCCAUUUCAAAGUUGAACCUGGCCCCAGAAUAUUGUUUCGAAAUACGUUUCCAAUGUCUUUUCUUUUUAUAUAUUUUUAUUUUGAACUCCCAUGAUGCCAAGUAUACAGUCUGAAGAUUUUAAUAUCUUUUUAUUAUCCUGACUUCCUGCAGCUUAUAUAUUUUCUUCUACUUUCCUUAAGAUUUCCUCAAACUUCCCUAUGAUUUUCUCCUAAGUUUCUUAUUGUGAAGACAUCAUCUUGAACACUGUGACUUUUGUUUCCAGGACAAUUUUUUUAUUGUCUCAUUGUCUGAUGCUUCUUGAUACAUAGGUGAUGGUUUUUGGGUCUUGUCACUCUCUUCCAACAUUUGGGCACUGGGAAUUGCUCAAUUUUUGAAGGCUUUGAUAGUAUACUUUGGGAUAUUUUCUUGUAAAACUGAUGACUAUUCAACCAUUUCUCUUUGGGAUCCGAAAACAAGUCUCUAUUUCUUCUCUUUUUCCACAUUGCCUGUAAAUUCUAUUUUUAAUGCCUAUAAAGCAGACACAAUGAAGUUUCUGGAGUUAGACUUGAGGAGGUUAUAUUAAAAAGAUAUAUAUCUCCUUGCAGGCAGACCUUUGGGGUAUUUUAUUUUGAGAAUUCCAAAACAUAAUUUUGUGUGUGUUUGUGUGUCAUACUCUCCUCUGUCUUUCUUCAUUUCUUUACCUUAUUUUCUCCAAGCCAAAGUCUGAUUCACAAAAAACUGAUAUUACCAAUGUUUAAUUAGUGAGGUGAAAAGUUCUUUCUACUCCUCUGUAGGCUCUUUCACCGAACCAUUCUUAUUAGCUUCUUACAUGGCUCAAGAACUUUUAAUGUCUCUGUGUUAUCUACCUUCUUGACACAAUACCUAUAUAGUAUAAAGAGUUUACUUAAAUUCUUUCCCAAAAGAACGUGUCAAUAUUUGGGGAAUGCAUUAUAUCCCAGCUUAGCCUGUGCAGGAUAAAAGUUCACUGAAUUUCACCAUUUUUUUUUUUUUAGGUUCAAAUCCCCAUGACUUCUCUGACUUCAAAAUUUUCUGUCUAUGGUGGGUGAUAGAGUGUAGGUGAAGUUUCAUUUUAAAGUGCUGUAUGACAGGGUUCCUACUAAAGAUUUUUAACCUGUGAUGCUGCAGAGACUGCAGUGCAGGAAAGGUAGAGAAUGGCGAUUGUUGUGGCUGUGAUCAUUACUCACUUACAAAUGAAACAUAUAUGAGCAGUCCAACCCCAUUCUUAACUAUCUGAACGUAUUAGUCAGCAGUUCAAGAAGUAGAAUCCCUCCCUGAUAAAUCAACUAUGGAGGAACCAUUGGAUAAUCAAUGCCUUGUACUCCUCGCAAUCUAAUGAGAAUCCUAAAGCCGUGUGACUUCUGCUGACAAAGGCACUUGGAUAGUGUCAUGGUGGUGUAGAGAAACGACCACUCACAUUGUGUGCAGGAAAUGACAGGGUUGUGGAUGGAAACAAUAACCCUUGCUUCCUUGUUAUUACAAUUUGUAUAAAUGCAUUUAGAUGUGAGUUAUUUAGGCUAUAUGCAUUUUUAUUCCUCAGAAAUAUUUUAUGACUAGAAUCUAAGCUUAUUUACUGAUAUUAUUUUGAAGAGGUGAUUCCCUUAUCUGUAUAAACCCGCAUACAUGUCCUUUACAGGAACUCUUUUUUUAUUUUUAAAUCCCCAACCCCUACAGGAGCUCUUAAAAAGUCUCAGUCCACAGGUCUAAAAAUUUUUUUUGUUGCAGAUACCUGUACUCUACCUCCCUUCUUCCCCAUGUGAUUCAGAAUGUGCUUCCGUCACUUCAGGAGUGCUCUUUAAUACUAUUCAUUUCCCUCAUAUCUGAGUGCACAGUUGCCCUGUUAAACCUAAGAAGCUCCCUUGCUGAGCUUUCCUUAUUCAAUUUAGGUUUAUCUCGUGGUGGUCAGAUGUGAAUGCAUUCUUUUUACAUUUGCAAUUUAUUAUUUUCCCUGUAGGCCCACAUCAGCCAGACAUCUUGGUCUUGAUUAUAUUAAUACUAAUAAUAUCACUUUUAUUUGCCAAUGCCUGCUCAUUUUCAUAAAGUAAUAAGGACAAAAUAAUGAAAUAUUCAAAUAUCCUCACCAACACAGCUAGGAAACAGAAGUCAGAUCACUGUCAUCUAAGAACAUCUUGCUAACGAAGCAGCAUUGCCUCCUGAGGACUCAGGGGGAUGGUUCCUCAUCUUGUGAGUUAAGGCAGCAGGAAGAAGCUGUUUUCUCAUGAAACUAACUGAGUCUCAUGUGUUCAGUAUUACAGUUCUCAUUUCCUUUCAAUCUCAUAAACUUGAUUAUUAUUUUUAUAAUGUCAUAUAUACAUGAACACAUAAACUCACUAACUUCUUUCUGUAUAAUUAACCAGCCUUAUUGAGUCAUAUUCUCUCUUUAUACUGCAUGCAGAAAGGCUGGUGAUGUGCCCACAUAGUGAAUUAACAAUGUGCAUGCUGUCACUUGAGUUCUGGAUCUUAGCCAUUCUGAGUGGUGGAAUGUGGAAUGUGAAGGUCUUUUUGAUUUGCAUUUCCCCCAUGACUAAGAAUGUUGAAGAUGUCUUUAAGUGCUUCUCAGCCAUUAUAGAUUCCUCUUUUGAAAAUCCUCUGUUUAGCUCUGUAGUUGAUUUUUCAAAGUGGGUUACUUGGUUUUUUAUUUUGUUUCAUUGUUGUUGUUGUUGUUGUUUUGCGUACAUUCUUGAGUUCUUUAUCUAUUUUGAAUAUCAGCCCUCUAUUGGGUGCAGUGUCAGUGAAGAUCUUUCCCCAGUUUGUAGGUUGCCUUUCUGUCCUUUUGACAGUGUCCUUUGACUUACAGAAACUUUUCUGCUUCAAGAGGUUCCAUUUAUCAAUGUUGAUCUUGUAGCUUGAAACACUAGUGUUCUGUUCAGGACAUUUCCCCCUGUGCCAAUCCCUUCUCAGGAGAAAGGGGAACACUCAUCCAUUGCUGUUGUGAUUGCAAACUAGUACAACCACUCUGGAAAUCAAUCUGGUGGUUCCUCAGAUAAUUGUAAAUAGUUCUACUUGAAGUCCUAUCUAUAGUGCUCCUGAGCCUAUACCCAAAAGGUGCUGCGCCGUAUCAGAAGAACACAUGCUUCACUGUGGUCAUAGCAACCUUAAUCAUAAUAGCCAGAACCUGGAAGGAACCCACAUGUCCUUCAACCAAGAAAUCGAUGGACAAAAUGUACUUCAUUUACAAAAUGGAAUACUGUUCAAUUAUUAAAAAUGAGGACUUAAGGAAAUUUGCAGGUGGAUGUAUAGAACUAGAAAAUAUCACUUUGAGUAAGGUAACCCAGACACUAAAGGAUAUGUAUGACAGGAGCCUAGCAUGAUUGUCCUCUGAAAGACUCUACUAGCAGCUGACUGAGGCAGAUACACAUACUUACAGCCAACCAUUGAACUGAGGUUGGGGACCUCUAUGGACGAAUUGGCAAAAGGGUUGAAGAAACUGCAAGAUUAUCAGGUUUGGAAACUAAAGCUUUUACUCACUAAGCCAUCUAGCUGGCCAUGGUAUUAUUAUUUUUAGUACUCUAACUUCAAGAAUUUGUUAUUACUUGGAAACUAACAAUCCCUACUUCAUAAUAACAGUAGCAAAGUCUCAGAAUAGGGAAAACAAGAUGAUUUAUUUUAUGAAAUUGUCAAAUUGGGUGUUUGUUAAAGAAAAGGCAAACAUGGUUAUUUGCUGAUUAGGCAAAACAAUGGACUUUGCAUCUCUAAUAACAUUCUCUUCCCUCUACAUUCCCCAUUGGCUGAGUUCUUCAUAGUGAUACUAUCUUGCUUCGCCAUCUAAAAUGGUCUGCAUUUAAAACUACCCCAUCCUCCUGGAAUUAUGGAUUCCCUCCUCUUUUGUGGCACAUGGAUUUAGAAAUAUAGACUAUUGUAAAUCUUCAACCCUAAGAUAAAUUAAGAAGUCACAUUACAAGCAGAGCCAGCUAGGAAAGACAGGGACUGAGUACCUCCUGCCUAUCAUUCAUUGAUGAGCUUUACGUACAGUUUAUUGUGAAAAUGGGCCAUCAUAAUUAUUUUUUAUCUGACUAUUCUUCUUUACUCCUAUAAUUCAUUUUCAUAUCCAUAUAAUUCAUUAACCCACUUGAAGAGAUAAAACACAAUAAUGAUAACCCAGUCCCAAAAACACAGAUGUAGUAUACUCCCACAUUUGAUUUGUGGCUGCAAAGUCCAAGUUAUUAGAUGUGAGUAUACAACUCAGAAUAGCCACAAAAUCCAGGAAUGUAAGAGUUGAUUAUGUGGUAGAACAAUAGAUUGGAAUUUAUAUAUGCAUAUAUUUUUUUUCAUUUGAAUUUCUUCCACCUGGGUUCACAGUUUUCCCCAUUAAGAGCCAUAAAGUAUCCUAGAAUUUUAGGCAGUUAAGGAUGGUGAGGAAUAGUCCUCCCCAAGAAAGAGUCCCAUAGUUGUUUAUCUAAAACUAAGCAGUCAGUUCUGAGGUCAUAUAUGUAACACUAUUUAAAUUGAAAAGAUUACAUUUGUAUAAUUAAGAACACACACACACACACAUACGUGAGAGAGAGAGACAGACAGAGUCAGAGAUUGACAGAGACAGACACAGAGAGAGGGAGGGGGGAGGAGAAUACAUUUAAAAAAAACUGUUCAGAGGCCAUCAAUUUGAGAUAGAUUAAGGAAAAGUAAAAGGGAAGGAGGAAAAAAGGGGGGGUUAUGUAAUUUUAAUUUAAAAAAAGCACUGUCCUAUCAUUCAUUUCUUUGAAAAGUAAUAUGGUUGCUAAUAUUUUCUGUAUUAUAAUGAGGUCAUCUUAAAUGUGAGCACUUGACUUUUCAUGUGUCAGCUGUUUUCUCCCCUUAAUGUUCAAAAGAUUUUCUGCUUUGCCUAUUUAUCUCCAAGCUAUAGGUUUUGCCAAGUGAUUUAAUCCCUAAGAAACAAGUUAAAUUUUUCACGGAACUCCUUCCUAUUUGCCUUCAUAUCCAAGGGAUCCUUUCUCUGGCCUAACUUGUUUGCUUUUUUAUGAAUUUUGAGCCUUCAGAUGGAAUUUUAUACUGUUUCUUCAAAAGUUUUCUUUCUGGUGUUGAGUGUCCUCUAUGUUUCUGGUGAAACUUUGGAUUAGAGGGAUGUGUUUGAGCUAUUUCUCCCAAAUAUCGCCCAUCCUUAAACCUUUUCACCCAUAUCAGCAGUUGUUGCCUAUAUUGACGACAUCAGUAAAAUUAUCACGUUUGGCUUAUCCCUCUAUUUCUCUCAUUCGCUUUACAGCUUUGGUGCAUCCUUCCCUAUAAAGAAAGGGGUUAAGUAGAAAAUUGCGCAGAAGUCCUGAUUGGAGUUACCCUAAGGAAAUGGGAUGUAUGCUUGAGUGCACUAGUUCUGGAGUCCAUAAGUUUACCUUGCAGUUACAAACGCAGAUUGUGUAAAUACAUAUUUUGUAAAGUACACACUCAAAAAAGUACUCGAAUAAAGGUUAAUGAAUGUAUGGCACUGUUGAGAACUUCUCUGGGGGCACGAACUAAUUCUAGCUGAUCAUUUUUGACCUGGAAAAAUGAACUGCUUUUCUCCUUCUCUUCCUUCCCCCAUCUGUAAGAGCAACUGAGCAGUAUGCACUUUAGGGUGUAAGGGAGAUUAAUGACUUUUCACUGAAAUAGUUCAUUGCUUGGUACACAGUAAGGACAAAGGAAGUUGUCGCUGAUAUUGUCAUGAAAAUCACAUCCUUCAGUUUAGAAAUGAGAAGGUGAGGACUCAGUGCCUGAAUUGAACUAAACCUGACCUUGGACUCUGAGAUUAGCAUUUUCUUUUAAAAAGUGAUUAAUCUUUGAUGCAGAAGUUUCUGGAUAGGUCAGGCGAUACAGACUCACAUGGUGAGGCUACCUCAUGUGGUGUUUUGGUGAGGCAAAACCCAUGGGAGGAUCUGAUGUUUGGAGAAAUAUUAGUGGGACUCAAUGGACAGUGAAAAUGUACUUGCCUCACUAGCUUUGCAAAGCUUCCUUGGUUUUGCUUCUUCAUCUUCACUGAUCUUCACUUCAUUGAGAGAGGUACUGCAGAGAACUUCUUCUGAUCUCUCACAUUGACUCCUACUAAUUUGGCAGAGGCCCGGUGGUUUCUGCUACAUCGUGCACUGCUGCUGGUUCAUGUUUGCUAUACUGACACUACUGAGGUGGACUGCUGGUACCCAGAGAUUGGAAUUGUCAUGAUGACCUACUUCUAAACAGGUUCAUAUCCCCUUGUCCUAUUUACCAUGUUUUCUCCCCUACGUGCCAGGAGAGUAGUCAAAGAAGCUUUUGAGAACCCUUACUAAAAUUGUAUUUAAAAAAUACUUCAGCCUACGAGUCUUUGCUCAUGUUCCUCAUGUAUGAUGUGUACCUUUUUCUGUGUCCAUUAACGUACAUGCACACAAUGAAAGUGCAAAAGGGAGCCCUGUUAAAAGAGGAGGGGAUAUUUUUACAUCAGCUUGUCUUAUUUAAUAACUUCUUUAAGAGACAUAUAAAAUUGUUUGUCAAGCUAAAAGUCAAAUUUGACUUGUUUUUCUUUUUAUUUUAUAUAUGAUGACAUUUAGGAUAUCAUUUCUCUGCUAUACAGGGAAUGGGUGCCUUUUAAGAUUGGUACAUCUCUGUUAGGUGAAGCUUUGAGUCAACUCUGCUGACAUCAUAAGGGUAAUGUCAGAGCUCCUGUGAGAGAACCUAACUCAGAGAGUUUAGAGUGCUCUUAGAGAAGCCUGCCUCCUCAUACACAUCUACUUCACAGGAAAGGAUACUUGCUCACUCGAGGGUUGUGGGCUGUUUCUGACCAGGGAUACAACUGCAAUUUCAAGGAGACAGCUUUUCUUCUGAAGAUCUUGGAGCAGGGAUGCCUGAUUAUUGUCCAGUAAUCAGGUUUUGCACCAUCAUCAGAAGCAGCAUCCCCCAGGACCGUAGGACUGAAGAAUUUCAGAUGCUGUCCUGAUCUGCUGAGUCAGCGUUUACAAUUUGGCAAAAUCCCCACAUCAUUCACGAAGAUUUUAAUCUCUGAACUGGAGAGUGACACAGGAAGACAGCAUCAUGAACUCUUGGGGCUUCUAAUCUUCUCUGUGGACUUUUAAACACAUGAGCAUAGUGAAAUAAUCAUAAAAAAAAGAGGAUCUGAGAUCAAGAGCACAGGCAGUCACCAGCAUGAGGAGCCCAGUUCAUCUUGAUGAAGUGAAAGAAGCAAAAUGCAGUAUUCAAGCUUUUGCAACAAGAGCACUUCUUCCAUGGUAUAUGAUUGUUCUCCCCACUUCUGAUCUGAGAGCCAGUGGAGCAGAAGCUGUAGGAGUGAACGAUCUGGCUGGAUUUGAAGUUCUUGUCAUUCAGAUCUUUCACUUGCUUGGCAUGUUUCGAGCAGUUGGCUGGUGGGAUUUUGAGAGAUGCUGCUGCCUGUGACGUGGUGGAGUUAUCAUGAUCAACCACUCAGUUCGGAUUUCACCCAGUGGCCAUGAGCUUUGUCUGACAGACGGCAGGGGUUGGAUCUUUAAAAAGGAGCAAACCAGGUAAAUGAAAACAAUCACAUCUGCAACCUUGGGAUGGUUCGAUGGAUAAGACAGCUUGCAGUGAGAACAAGAGGACCUGAGUUCAAAUUGCCAGCACCCACUACACCACUCCCACUAUUUCUCCCACACAGUUCUUUUAAAAGACAAUCAACACACAGGCCCAUAACCAAGGUGUAGAAUAAACAGUGGAGUCAUGCUUCACACGGCUAUACCAUGCUGGCAGCCAUUCCUGGGUCUGGCUAUGGUGUUACUCUUCAUGGGAUCCACCAUUGGCUGUCCUGCUCGCUGUGAGUGCUCUGCCCAGAACAAAUCUGUUAGCUGCCACAGAAGACGCUUGAUCGCGAUCCCCGAAGGCAUUCCCAUUGAGACCAAAAUCUUGGACCUGAGCAAAAAUCGACUAAAGAGCAUAAACCCCGAAGAAUUCAUCUCAUAUCCUCUGUUGGAGGAGAUAGACUUGAGCGACAACAUCAUCGCCAAUGUAGAACCUGGGGCAUUUAACAAUCUCUUUAACCUGCGUUCCCUCCGCCUAAAAGGCAAUCGCCUUAAGUUGGUCCCUUUGGGAGUAUUCACGGGACUGUCCAACCUCACCAAGCUUGACAUUAGUGAGAAUAAGAUUGUCAUUUUGCUGGACUACAUGUUCCAGGAUCUGCAUAACCUGAAGUCUCUAGAAGUGGGGGACAAUGAUUUGGUUUAUAUAUCACACAGGGCCUUCAGUGGACUAUUUAGCUUGGAGCAGCUCACCCUGGAGAAGUGCAACUUGACAGCGGUACCAACAGAAGCCCUUUCCCAUCUCCGCAGCCUCAUCACCCUGCAUCUGAAGCAUCUCAAUAUCAACAAUAUGCCUGUGUAUGCCUUUAAAAGAUUAUUCCACCUGAAACAACUAGAGAUCGACUAUUGGCCAUUGCUGGAUAUGAUGCCAGCCAAUAGCCUCUAUGGUCUCAACCUCACAUCCCUCUCGAUCACUAACACCAACCUGUCCACUGUCCCUUUCCUCGCCUUUAAACACCUUGUAUACCUGACCCACCUUAACCUCUCCUACAAUCCCAUCAGCACUAUUGAAGCAGGCAUGUUCUCUGACCUGAUCCGCCUACAGGAGCUUCAUGUAGUCGGGGCCCAGCUCCGCACCAUUGAACCUCACUCCUUCCAAGGGCUCCGCUUCCUCCGCGUGCUCAAUGUAUCUCAGAACCUGCUGGAAACAUUGGAAGAGAAUGUCUUCUCUUCCCCUAGGGCUUUGGAGGUCCUGAGCAUUAACAAUAACCCACUAGCGUGCGACUGCCGACUUCUCUGGCUCCUGCAGCGACAGGCCACCCUGCAGUUUGGAGGCCAGCAGCCCAUGUGUGCCGGGCCAGACACCAUACGUGAGAGGUCAUUUAAGGAUUUCCAUAGCACUGCUCUUUCUUUUUAUUUUACCUGCAAAAAACCCAAAAUCCGUGAAAAGAAGUUACAGCACCUCCUAGUGGACGAAGGACAGACGGUCCAGCUGGAGUGCAACGCGGAUGGAGACCCCCAGCCCGUGAUUUCCUGGGUGACACCUCGAAGGCGUUUUAUCACCACCAAGUCCAACGGAAGGGCCACUGUGUUGGGUGAUGGCACCUUAGAAAUCCGUUUCGCCCAGGAUCAAGACAGUGGGAUGUAUGUUUGCAUAGCUAGCAAUGCUGCUGGGAAUGACACCUUCACGGCAUCUCUCACUGUGAAGGGAUUCACUUCAGACCGCUUCCUUUACGCAAACAGGACCCCUAUGUACAUGACUGACUCCAAUGACACCGUUUCCAACGGCACUAAUGCCAAUACUUUUUCCCUGGACCUUAAAACAAUACUGGUAUCUACAGCCAUGGGCUGUUUCACAUUCCUGGGAGUGGUUUUAUUUUGUUUUCUCCUUCUUUUUGUGUGGAGCCGAGGAAAGGGCAAACACAAAAACAGCAUUGACCUUGAGUAUGUGCCCCGAAAAAACAAUGGUGCUGUUGCAGAAGGGGAGGUGGCUGGACCCAGGAGGUUCAACAUGAAAAUGAUAUAAGGGCCCACCACACACACACUACUACUGUCUCUGUGUUACUGUUGGUAAUGAGUAAGACGUCUGAUAUAGCGAGUCCAUCACAAGGUGAUCAGGCAGCUUCACACAGCUGCCCCUGUGUCAAAGCAGGGUCCAUGGAAGCUGGAAGACUUCUCAUGGACACUGGCUGAUUAGAGGCAGGCAGGCAUGUGUCAGAGCCCUUCACACAGUGGGAUACUAAUUGUUUGCAUUGCAAAUAUUGGCAUUCUGGGGAUCUCAGUAAUGACCCUGAACCUUUGGCUCAUGCUGACGGACAAAAAUUCAACAUUUUCUACCACUGCAAAACUAAAAGAAAAAAAAUUUAAAAGGAACAACCUACAGUGUAGGAUUUACAUAUUAAAAAAAGACACAUUUGUCUAAAACAUACUCUACGGUAAAAUUUGUAUUUAUUAUCAUUUGUUAAAACCUUGCAUCAUACAAUACUGUUGGUUCAGCACCAAAAAAAAAAAAAAAAAAAAAAAGAGAGAUCAAUAUAUUCUUUUUUGAAACAUAUAUGCUGUAUAUGUUUUAAAGCAAUAUGAAUGAGAGGUUGUGCUUUUAGUUACUCACCAGUAUAGAUCCAAGUGUGGUCUCACUUUCCUUUUAUCCGCAGAGAAACCUGAGAAUAGAUCCCUGGAAUAAUAGGCUGAGAUGUGUUGAGAUGUGUAUGUCUGAUGUAGGAUGCCAAGAUACAAGAGCCCAGUCAAAACUGCUCAACUCUGUUAACUUCUGUUACUAUAAAUAAAGGCAUGUGCCUAGUUUUGAUACAGAAUGGAAUAUUUUUUAUAUGUACACUACCAACCUGGACCAGUUUACUGUAACAGAAGCCCUUGGUUUCUCCAGAAGGUGGUACGUCUCUAGAUGUGCCUGUAGAAUGCAAGGUAGGUGCCACUCAUAAAAGUGAUCCAUUUAGCUACUGCUUAGUUUUACUUUUGCCAGUCACUGCUAAGGGGUUAAUGACCAAUGGAAAAGAGAAUAUUGAUCAUAUAGAUUUGGCAAUAGUCGCCAAUGUCUAAUGUCAAUAAUUCUGUUACCCAAAAGCUCUCUGGAUAAAGAGGUUUCAGAAGUCAAUAGGAAGCAGGGUGAGACAAGUGCGUCACAGUAGUGAUCCUGCCAAUGAUCCUUUUCAAAUGUGACAGCUGCUGACAGACGGCUACAGAUCAAAGGGAACACAUAGCACAUGACAUCCCAAUUCUAUCCAAUACACAGUAGGGCCACGAUUAGGCAACUUCAGGAUAUUUCCCUGCUUCCUGAUCAAGAUUUUUAGCUUCAUAUUGGAAACUAUAUUACAUAGAUAAGAGGAAUUUGUUUUGUGUGAAGUAGCAAAAGAAAAACCAUUAUAGAUCUAAAAAGCAAUGUUUUGUUCCUUCACUGGGGAAGAGUUAAGCCUAUAGUUCUACAAAUAUGUAAUGCUAUGCUGCUUCUUUUACCUUCCUGACCUGAGCAUAUUUACCCAGUUAAGCAGUUAAUGUCACCACUCCAAAACAAACAAACAAAAAAAAAAACAGAAAAAAAGGAAAAAAGGAAAGAAAGAUAGAAAAUAGCAUUAUUAUCAUAAGUGACCUGGUUAAAGGAAGCAUAAUUUCAUUUGGCUCAGUCCUGGAUAACUUUCAAAGCACAUAUCCAUAUGGCCAGAAAAAUAUUGGAUGCAGACUAUAUUCUUGAAGUGACAUGUAUGUAAUCAAUAUAAAGAAAGUCUCUAUACUUUUCACAUUUUGAGAGGAUCUUGAGGAAGGUCUUCUUUAGGUUAUAUUGUAAGAUAUGUACAAGGAUUCUGGGAUUUCUUCCUUUUAGUAUUGUGGGUCUGACCCUCAAAAGCCUAGCUUUGUUAAAUAUUUGAAAAUAUGAAGAACUUUAAUACUAUUAAAUUGGCCUUUAUUUCUAAAAUUUUUCAUAGACUCUUUUGCAAAUUGAGUGUCAAUACUUCUAAACCCAUUUAUCCUUUGCCAGUGGGUAGGAACUGAGUUGUAGAUUUGUGUGUGUGUGUGUGUGUGUGUGUGUGUGUGUAAGAUUGAAUAGUUGCCUGCUUUGAGUUAGAUUUUAUUCAAUUAUCAUGACGAUUAUCACAAAUGUUUUACAAAUUUAAUUUACAUUUAAAGACUAAUUCAUUUCUAGUAAUUUGUAUCAACCUCAACUAAACUCUAUCAAAAUUUCAACUCUUGAAAAAUUAAAUGCUUUCUUCUUACAAUAAAGAAAGUUAAAGUGGAAA